AUGUUGUUUCUUGUUCUCAGGAUCUUCAGAUUCGCUCGUUCUCAGGCUAAGAAACGAACCGCUGAGCAGCAGCAGCAAGCCUACGAUCCUCAGGGUAUCCGGUCCGGAUCUUCCACUAUGGCUCUCGACCAGGCCGGUUCCAAGAAAGCGUUGCUCGAAGAUGUCAUUCGCUUCAUACAACUAGUGAUGGCGCUUGUUGUCAUUGGACUAUACGGUCAAGACCUCAGCAGCAACCACCAAAAUGGAGUAUAUGUGAACGCUAAAUGGGUCUAUGCCGUCGUCGCUGGCGGUCUCGCAGCACUCACGGCGUUCAUAUACUUGGUUGCAGCAUUCGUCGCCAAAGACAGGCCUCUGAGAACACGCCCACAUCUCCACCUGCCGCUGUUUUUAUGGCAGUCCGUUCUAUGCAUCUUGUGGCUGGUUCUUUUUGGGAUCUUCGGCAAGAUGUAUAUCGGAAACUCCAACACUAAGAAUAAUAGCAACGUCGACAAGAUGAAGAAUGCCGUCUGGAUCGAUAUUGCGAACUUGGGGCUCUGGGUCAUCACUGGUCUCUGGGCAGGUCUGCGUUGGCGGCAGAGCAACAAGGUCGUGCCACAGGAUACUGAAAGUGUCGGUGACCUUGAAAAGGAAAAGGCCGAGGCCACCGAAUAA